AUGGCAAAUGGAGGCUUGGGCUUUGUUGAGGAGGUGAUGAGGAUUCUGUGGGUGGUCUCGGAAAUGAUUUGGAAUGCCAAGAUCGCUUUCUUCUUGCUUCUACCCAAAACAUUUGAACUUGUCAUCCACUGGAACCCCCAGUGGUCGCCUGCCGGAGCCACCUGGUAUGGCAGCCCAGAUGGUGCCGGAAGCGACGGAGGUUCUUGUGGUUAUGGUAGUGCUGUGUCUCAGCGUCCUUUCUCUUCUCUUGUCACUGCAAUUGGCCCAAAUCUUUAUGAUUCCGGCAAAUCCAAUAUGCACGGGAAACAGAUAGUGCUCCAUGUGGACCAAGGGUCAAAUCCAAACUACUUUGCGGUGGUGGUUGAGUUUGAAGCGGGAGAUGGAGAUCUCGGAGCAGUUGAUCUGAAGGAGGGUUCGGGGUCAGGUGAAUGGAGGAGCAUGACACAAAAUCGUGGGGAGCGGUUUGGAAGUUGUCGACUAAAUUGA